UUGGUCGGUACUGGAAAUGGGAAUAUAAACGGUCAAAGCAAGAAUAACUUAGUUUUAAUAACAAGAAAUAGCACUGGACCUGACGAUACAAAUAAUUUGGAUUAUAAAACUUCUCAAAUACAUGAUACAGAUUUAAAUUUAGAUGGAAAAAUCAUUGAACUACCAAAUGUAGACAAAACAUUCGAAGAGGAUAUAGAUACGGAUGUAAUAAAACAAAGUAAUUUGGAAAAUAAGUCAAGUUACCCGGACAUUGAACCGCUCAGUGGCUUAGAAAGACAAAAUUAUUUCAAAUUAUCACAAACACCAUACAUUCCAAACUAUUUAACAUAUUUUUAUGGGAAAGGAAGUCAAGAUAUUAAUCCCGUCGUACAAUAUGCAUAUAAUUCUUAUCUGGACAAAGAAAACAAUAAAAUUGAUGAUUUAGUAACAAGUGAAGUUAAUUUGAAAGAUGAAACAAAAGAAUCACUUGUCCCCGUCACUCUAGAAGAAAGUCAAGAAGAUAAUAAUGACAAAACAAGAACAGACAAUGUCAGUAUUGAAACGAAAGAAGUGAAAAUACCUAAUGUAUCAGAAGUAGAAGAAAGUGAGGCUUUAAAAAAGAUUCCUUGCUUAGAUUCAUUGCUCAUUAAGCCAUUACCUAUGGAAAUACCACACCAUUUAGGAACAAAACUUCCUCAACUACCACAAAUGGGUGUGGAUGUAGAUUAUGCUGAAGAUGUGAUUUCGGGUAUCCAACCAUAUAACGUUUUUUCUAAUCGCUUAAAUAGUGUUAAGGAUAUUGCUCGAUAUUGUCCUCAUACAGAAAUUAUAUCAUGGCAUCUCAAUAGACUUUGUAGCCAACCACAAUGUGAUGCUCAAGUCAAAGCAGUAUUAAAGAACUAUUACAGUCUUCUUACGAACGCACUAAAUUAUAGACAAGAUUUGAAUGCAGUCAAUAAUGUGAAUCUAAACAACCAGUUAUUUGAUAUAAAUGCGCUGACACAGAAAGUAUUGAUGAAUAGAAACAAUAAUGUUAAAGUUAAAAUAUCAUUUGAAUACGAAUUACCAUCACUGCAGCAAAAUAAAUGUGACCAACUGUGUAAUGCUCUUGAGAAGUACGCAAAUACGAUGAAUAAUGGACUUUUGAGCGUUGAUAAUGAUAGGGAUGCGGUGAAAGCUUAUAAUUACUUGAUUCCCAAACCAGAUAACGCCUUAUACAAUUAUCCCACAGCCUUACUCACGGACAAUCAGCCACCAAGACCUGUACCAAUAAGAAUAACUAAUAACCAACCGAAUCUGGACUUUCUUCCAAAUCCAGCGUACGCGAAAUUACCAAAUUCAAAUACCUUGCAAGACUUAUUACCACUAUUACCAAAUUCAGUGGGAAAUAUAAAUCAGAAUCCCUUACAAAAUGAAUUACCAAGUCUGCAGGAACCUAUACAACUACCUACCAGUCCUUCAACAAACGUUUUGCCUGUACCAAACACAGAAAAUUCUAAAUAUGAUCCUCUGAAUAAUAUAAUCCCUGCAUUACAAAUUCCUGAUACUUCUUACCCUGAAAAUCCCUGGAACCUUAGUCCGUCCCAGCCAUCUCAACAAUACCUGCCAUCUCCGUAUACAAAUCCUACAAAUACAUUAAAUUAUCCUCAACCCCUGCCUAUAAAUACGAAAGCAACCGAAAAUUCUUACCCUUUCAGUCCUAAAUCGAAACCUCUUCCAGACAGUUACCCAGAAUCGCCAAUAUAUUAUCCCUUACAGUAUUUGCCACUUACAGUAACAGAACAGUUAGAAGACUCAAAUAAAAAUCCAUUAACUAACUUACAGCCUCUUGUAAGACCUGACGAGUCCUAUCCAGAUGAAUUGUCACCUACUUUGCCUGACCAAAAUUUACCAAAUGCUGAAAAUUUGAAUCCCUUACUUCAAAACCCAAAAUACGUCGAUUCCUAUCCAUCUAACUCAUUGCCAUCGCCACUGAAUUUUGAUGUCUUGCCAAAUUCAGCGCUAUUUCCACAAAGUCCUUUAGAAAAUCCAAAUUCUAAUUCCUUACAGUAUUUACCGAAUCUACCAUCAAAUCCCUUACAGCUGCCGGAUAAUGAUCCCAACAUUUUACCUCUGUUACAAACUUCUACAGAGCCUUCUAAUAAUUUACAAAACUUACUACCCUUACCUUUUAAUCCCCCAGAAAAUCAAUUAAUCAAUUCCAAUCCACUAAAAAGAUUACCUAUACAACUUAUUCCCUUAAAUAGUUACAAUAAUCUACCCAAUAAACCAACUAUCGGUUAUGAUAACUCCUAUCCUGAGCAAAAUUUGUUAGAUCAGCAACAAAAUGUUAUGCAAAGCCAGAAUUUAUUACAAAACAUAUCGCAAUCACUGCAAAGUUUUACUGGAAGCAAAAAGUACCAAGAAUAUGUAAACGCGUUAAACAGAAAAUACUAUGAUUUACAAAGUUAUCAGAAUCUCAAGAAAAAUUACAACAUGAAUAUGGAUUUAACGAAAUCUGUGGAUCAAGAAGGUGAUUUCUCUGCUCAAAAUUUUAAAAAAGCCUAUUCUACGUUUGCAAUCAGUAAAAAUAAUAUGAUACUUAACAAUCAAUUAAAUGGAUUGUAUAACAACAGACCACAACAAAAUGUUGGACAAUUGGCGACAGAAAAUCCAAUAUUAUCAUAUCUAGCUAAACUGAGCGGAAAUUUAGGGACAAAUGUUUUAUCAAACCUAAAUCAAAAACAAAGUACUAACAUCAAACUGGAUUCUUCAUCCCAAACACAACAAAAUAGUUAUAAUUACUACAAGCAAUAUUUAGGUUUGAGUAAUGGACUAUAUCCUCAAGUUCAAACACACAGAUAUCUUUUAAAUCCAGAAAUUGAAAAUCUAUCAAAAAAUAACAUUCCAACUACGUCAUUGUUAAACGGCGGGCAAAAUAACGCAUUACUAAACUCCCAUAACAAAUUCAUGAAUCAAUUACAAACUAGUUUAUAUAAUAAUUUCCUUCAGGGACCAAAUUAUUACAAUACCAAUUUAAAUAAUGCAAACGCUGAUAAAAUAGCAGAAAAAUACAAUCGCCAAUUACAACAUUUGCAUCGGUUGCUUGCUGUGUCGAAUCUCUACAAAUUGAAUUCAACACCAAACAGAAAUAGUUUUGUCGAACUGACGUACAAACUUAGGCAUGACAGACCAAUACUCGAUCCUUAUUAUUACGUGAAAUAUAGAUUACCAUACGAAAAAUUCUUAUCAAAUGUAAGAAAUUUACUAGUUAAAGUACCAAAUCUCAGAAACAGUCCUAAUCAUGACAUAUUAAUGGGCUCAGAUAUAUCAGAAGCUUCCAAUGAUUUGAAGAAUGUCAACAAAAAUGAUCUAUUGAAACUCGUAACCAGCAAUGGGACCUUGAUAAAAGCGAAUUUAGUCGAAGCAGAUGACACAAACCUUGAUGAAAACUUAAAAAUAGUAAGGAGGUUGAAUUCGAACAUACCACUUCAUAGUAUAUUCAAAACAGAUAACACAACAAAAUUAUCUGGACGAAUGAUGAAUCCUCUCACAGAUUAUCUGCGGGCUCAACAGAAAUAUCUUCAACAUUUACAAAAAAGAUUAUCUAGGAAUGAAUAUAAUACGGACCCGUAUCGUACACAGGCUGCAUUAAACUACAAUCAAAAUCUGCAACAACCAAACUACUUGUCAAACGAACAACCACUAUACAAUGCAUUCGUGGGAUCCACAUUUAAUAAAUAUAAAGCUCCAAACACUUACCAUCCAAGUUAUAAUCAAGUUUGA